AUGAAUCUCUUUCAUAGGAUCAUAUGGAGGCCAUUUGGAUUCUCAAGAAUACUUCUGAAAGUGGAGCACUGGAUCAGUACUGAAUCCAAACCACUGAUCCCACCAACACAAAAGCUGAGAACACCUACUCUCCUCUUGGUGGGUCAAAGGAAACAUUUCUCAACUAUGCCAGAGGUAGAAACAUACCAGAGAGACCCUGAAUUGUUUUCCCCACCCUCUAGUGUUCGAGGAAUGACAGAACUGGAUAGAACAGCAUUCACAAAGACGGUCAUCAUUCCAGUACUUAAAGUGAGAAAAGAAAUAGUCAAUCAAUUGAUGCGCUCUCUUAAAAGGGCAGCCUUGCAGCGCCCGGGCAUCAAACGUGUGAUUGAAGACCCUGAAGAUGAAGAUGGUAGGCUCAUUAUGUUGGAUCCCUAUAAAAUGUUUUCUUCCGAUUCCUUCGAGAAAGCAGAACUCAAUCUUUUAAAGCAGCUCGAUGUCAAUCCACAGAUAACAAAGUAUAAUUUGGAACUAACUUAUGAAAACUUCAAGUCAGAGGAAGUUUUGAAAGCUGUGCUUCCUGAAGGCCAAGAUGUGACGUCCGGGUUUAGCAGAAUUGGACAUAUCGCCCACCUGAACCUUCGAGAUCACCAACUGCCUUUCAAGCAUUUAAUUGGCCAAGUUACGAUAGACAAAAAUCCAGGAAUCACUUCCGCAGUAAAUAAAAUCAAUAAUAUUGACAACACUUAUCGAAAUUUCCAAAUGGAAGUGCUGUCUGGCGAGGAGAACAUGAUGACCAAGGUGCGAGAAAACAACUACAACUAUGAGUUUGACUUCUCCAAAGUCUAUUGGAACCCCCGUCUCUCUACAGAGCACAGCCGCAUCACAGAACUUCUCAGGCCUGGGGAUGUACUCUUUGAUGUUUUUGCUGGCGUUGGGCCGUUUGUCAUUCCAGCAGCAAAGAAAAAUUGCACCGUAUUUGCCAAUGAUCUCAAUCCAGAAUCCCAUAAAUGGCUAGUGCACAAUUGUAAAUUAAAUAAAGUGGACCAAAAAGUAAAAGUCUACAACUUGGAUGGGAAGGACUUCCUUCAAGGACCAGUGAGAGAAGAGUUAGUGCGGCAAUUGGAACCGUUGUCGAAAGAAAGAAAACACUCCGUGCACGUGGUCAUGAACUUGCCAGCUAAGGCUGUAGAAUUUCUUGGUGCCUUCAAAUCGCUUUUAGAUGGGCCACUGUGCCGUAGUGAGCACCUUCCCAUAGUGCACUGUUACAGCUUUUCCAAAGAUGCUCGCCCUGCUGAGGACGUUCAGCAACAAGCUGGAGCUGUGUUAGGGGUUUCCUUGGAGACAUGCAGCUCGGUUCACCUAGUAAGAAAUGUGGCCCCUAAUAAGGAAAUGCUGUGCAUCACCUUUCAGAUUCCUGCUUCUGUCCUCUACAAGAACCAAGCCAGAAACCGAGAGAAUCAUGAAGAGCCACCUCUUAAACGGCAGAAGACAGAGAAAGCCUUUCCAGAAGAAAAAAUACAAGUAGCAUCAGACAUUUAAAUGGAAUAGUUUCCCUCUUAAAUACCUUUAUAUAGUAAACUACAAUUUAUGAUUUUAAAAAAUGUUAGCAAUUACGUAACUAUUGAACCAUUAUGUAUUGAGUGUUUUUAGAUCAAGGGGUAGGUGAACCAUGCUGCACAGCUCAAAUCAGACCCACCACCUAUUUCUGUAUAGCUCACAAGCUAAGAAUGGGUCUGUUUUAAUGGUUCAAAGAAUCACAAGAAUAUUUUGUGACACAUAUGAAUUAUAUGACAUUCAAGUUUCAGAAUCAUAAGUAAAAUUUCUAUGCAAACAUGA